AUGGCGGCGGACGGGGAAGCACCCCACAUCACAACGGACACAGAGCUCCAUAUGGCCGAAAUCUUUAACUCCUUCUGGGAGAAGCUGGAGGCCUAUAUGCGACCGCCACACCCGGUGACCCAGACAAAGGGCGAGCUACGAAGCCUGGACCGGGUAGCCGCACGGCAGGAAACAAACACUCCCACAGGCUCUACUAGCCCGAAAAAGCCAAUGCCACAGGGGCGCCAUCUUGAGGAAAAGCAUCUGGAGCCCCAUCACUAG